AUGACUACAACCCCCCAGAUCGGGGACCGGCGUUCCUACGACGGGGCCGUCUGCACCAUCCGAUUCAUUGGCGAGGUCGCCGGCACGUCGGGCAGCUGGCUUGGCGUAGAAUGGGAUGACCCAGCUCGCGGGAAACACGAUGGCUCACACAAGGGCGUACGAUACUUCACUUGUUUAUCGCCGUCGUUGACUGCCGCUUCCUUCGUGCGGCCCACGAGGCCCGCCGAAGCACCGCAGAGCUUCGUCGCCGCGUUGCAGGACAAAUACACCGCUGAGCUCUCCAAUGCGAGCGCGAUUCAGUUCUCGGGCAAGGUCGCAGAGGAGGUGGGCUUCGAGAAGAUCCGCCGGAAGCAGGCUCAGCUAUCGGAGCUGCGGUUCGCUGUCCUUGAUGGCAUGCGUGUUGCUUCUGUUUACGGGGAGGGCGAUGCCUCGAUCCUUGAGACAUGCCCCAAGGUGGUCGAGCUGGAUCUCAGUCGGAACUUGUUCACCCAUGUUGGAAGCGUCGUGGCGAUUUGCUCAGAACUGGCGAGCCUUCGGAGCUUGCGUUUGAAUGGCAAUCGUUUCCGAACUGUUCUCCAUGAUGAAGGACUCCAUGAAGCAGAGGAGUCUCUGAAGGGCAUUACAGACCUAGCGCUGGAGGAGACUCUUAUGAGUUGGGAAGAGAUAUGUCACAUCGCGACCAAGUUUCAGUUGCUCUCAUCACUCUCUGCCGACAUGAAUCAACUGAGGUCCUUACCCACAGCCCCGUUGAUGGCACUCGCAUCGACGCUGAUCUCCCUGAAUCUGGAGUUCAACGACUUGCCCAGCAUAGCAGAUGUCGCCAGCCUUGCCGGAUUGGAAUCAUUGCGCAACCUGCAUCUCAAGGGCAACAACAUUUCUGCCCUCAGACAAGCCACGUCUGGUUCAUUGCCGACAUUCCCCACAAGUCUGCAAUACCUCGAUCUGUCUUACAACCAGGUGUCAUCUUGGGCUUUUGUUGAUGAACUCCCCCUAUGCUUUCCCGGCCUGGUGUCUCUCCGCUUCGCCCACAACCCCGUCUAUGACAACCCGGACCCUGAGCAUUCGGUGAACUCCAAGAACGUCACAGAGGAGGCAUACAUGUUCACGGUCGGACGCCUCGCACACAUCAAAUCGUUGAACUUUGGCACCAUCUCCCACUCUGACCGCCAGAAUGCUGAGAUGUUCUACCUGGCGCGCAUCGGCAAACACUUGGCUGCAGUCCCAGAAACGCAGGAAGCCGGCGUCAUCGAGACCCACAGACGGUAUGCAGAGUUGUGCGAGUUGUACGGACCACCCAUGGUGAACAGAAGAAAAGAGGUCAAUCCGGCCUUUCUUGAGGCAAGGCUGAUCACCGUACAAUUCGCCUUCCAGCCCCCUGGGCAAGGCGAAAUUGUUGAGCGAGUCACCAGAAUCCCCAAGAGCUUUGACGUCUACGCCGUUAAGGGGAUUGCUGGCAAGCUAUUUGGCGUCAAACCGCUAGGUAUCCGUUUGAUAUGGGAGACCGGAGAGUGGGAUCCAGUCGCCGGGUUUGACGAAGAGGUAGAAGACAGCAGCGAGGAGGAGGAUGAGGCGGAAGCAGUUGUUGACACAAAGCCAGCCGACCCAAGUGAGAGCUCCCAGCCAGAUAGCAGAGCUGGGAAGUGGGUCAAGAGAGAGGUUGAGCUGCAAGACGGCCCACGGCAGCUUGGCUUCUGUGUUGAUGGGUUGGAGGCAAAGAUCAGAGUUGAGACCAGGUGA